AUGUUCUCCCUUGCCAGGCACGCUGCUACGCGCGCGGUGCCUCGUGGUGCUGCACGCAUGGUGGGCUCCCGCAUGAAUUCUUCCGCGUCGUGGCAGCCAGUACUCAAACCGGGGGCGCUGCCUGUGUACGACGAAGCGCUCGCGUACAUUGAAGAGGAUGCGGCCGCCCUGCGCAAGAAGAUUGAGGAGACUAAGCAGUCGGGAGACGUCCAAGAGGACUAUUUGGACGCACUAGAAAUUGUGUCGGAGAUCAAUCGCCCCCAUGUGCGCACGCAAUUCGCCAAGGGUGAUUAUGAUCUGAGGCAGCCGGUCUUCCGUCACCUGCGCGAGCAGGCAUGGCGGCUGGGCGGUGCACUAGAGCGCCUCGUUGAGCGCAUCCAGCUCAUGCACGUUCUGCCAGAUGUGGUCCCUUCUAUCACGCCAACGGUAGACCUAGAGGUCCUCUAUGGCGAAGGUGCCGGCAUCGGCGACCACGGCGGCCGCGGCGGCAGUGUGCACCCCGGCGUGUUCCUGGAUCCAGCAUUGACACGCGAGGCACCUACGAUUCGUGCUACGGUCUUCCACAAGGACACCCGCAAGUAUACCAUUAUGCUCGUGGAUCCGGACGCACCUUGUGAGGAUAGCCAAUCUUUCAAAACGUACGUCCAUUGGCUUGUCACGGACGUACCACUGUCUCUGCAAGAAAGUAAUAUUCCUUCCGGACAUCCCCACAAGCUCGCGUAUGUACCGCCCCACCCUCAAUGCGGCACUCCGUACCACCGCUACACUAUGCUGCUAUUUGAGCAACAACCUGAUACGUCUGUGGGUGACGUGGCGCGAGAAGGCGUGCAGGUACAGACCUUUGCGGAACAGAACGGACUUACUUUACGCGGUAUUCAUUUCUGGCGUGCGCAGUGGUCCGACCAAAACAAGACUGUCAUCAGCCAAAUCUACAAGGACGUGCUCCAAGUGCCUGAGCCACGAUUCGGACGCGUCGCUCGGCAGGACCGGCUCAAGGACGAGCUGGGUCAACGUCACAGCAAAUAUUAUUAG